GUUUGGUCUGUAUCAACGCUGGUCAUUGGCGUUCGAUCACCCCCUCUCUCGUUCUCGAUCGGUCGGUCGUCUCCGAUCAAUGCUAUGCCCGCCAGGAAUGGGGAGAAUGGCGGCCAUGGAGAGGCUUCUGGCCACCGGAAACUUCUCUGAGAUAUCGGCAGAGGAGGCUAAUCGAGAGAAACUGGCCGCGAAGACGAUACACAAGGAGUUGAACGAGGCGGACGAAGCGAAUUUGCUAGAAGAAGCGGUUGUUUCAUUUCUACGUUGAUCGUUGUCCCCUUAGCAAAUUAAAUUGGGUGGAGUUCUGUCGGACGGUGAUUGGAUCAGAAUGCGGACGUGCAGAUAUGCAUGUUUUUGAUUGCAAGCCGAUGAGCGAUCCCUUGCAUUUGGUAUCUUGUAAUGCAUGCAAGAAACCUGUUAAAGCCAGUCAAUAUGCAGCACAUGCAGAGAGAUGUGGAGCAUUGGUCUCUGCGGAAGAUACUGGUUUGGAGCUUGAUGGUGGUGCUGGACACAAGAAGCCUCCAAGGAAGGGCCGGAAAAAGGUCUUUGUUUCUCACGAUAACCAAGCUGCAACGAACUUUGAGCAGGAAAGAUCUGAGUCAUUUGAUGGAGAUGAUACAGCGGCUUCAGAAACUGCAAAUAUGGAUGAAAUGCACACUGGAAUUGUCUCUUCACUCUCAAGAGAUCUAAAACGAUCCUCACCUUCCAUUGAUGGGGCCUUAGUAGGUGAUGGUUCUGGAGUUAGUCCUGGAAGCACAAAUCAUUCUGGUGGCGUAAUUUCUCCACUCAAGCGUGCAAGGGCUCCUUCAGAAUCCAUGCCAUCAUCGGAUGGUUUAGAAACACAUUGUGGUGUAAGUGCAGAAACAGGACCAUGCUGUCAGGGGGCUCAUACCUGCAAAAUGCACUCAGACUCUUCAAAGCGUUCUGCUGUUGGGGUAAAGCAACCUUAUGAUGCUGCCCUAGGGCGCCAGAAACCGAGACAAGAUCUUGAGCAUGAACCAGCUGCAAAAGCAGAUCAUCUGAGUGAUGGGCCAGUACCACUUGCGACCAAAGUAUAUCAUUUGCAGAGAAACCAUCAGCUACGGGCAGCACUUGGUCAUCUUUACCGUGAAACGAUAGCUAAGGAACAUACCAGUGAUUCUGUGAGCCCAAGAUUACUAAGAAGCAAUGGCAUACCAUCUCCACAAGUUUCAUCUCCCAGCAAUUUGUUUAGUGAGACACUGGAAGGCAUGAACCAAAAGAAGGUAGUGCGAAAACCAGAUCAAAUACUGGCACAAAGUUCAGAACUAUGCUUGGGAGUGUCCUCUGGAGGAUAUCCAUCAAUGAUGAAUGUGCCAAAUCAGUUCCGUGACAAUAACUUUGCAAGGCCUACAUUGCCUGUGGAUAAUGGUUCGAUGGGCAUGAUGAGGAAGAGUUAUAUUCCUCCGCCUUACACAUUUCCUGUCAAUCCUGGUGCGACGUUGGGGAACAUGCAACAACCAAAUGGCAUUAUGCCCGUUGUAUAGAUAUGUUAACCAUCAGUCUUUGCUGGCUUUCUCAACAAUUAAUUGACUUGGAGGAGGGAUGGCGCCGACUUUGCAGUUUUUUUUUUUUUUUCCCUAGAUGGGUGCAGAAGAGGCACCGUCUUAGUGUCAGUUAGUAGGGGAGGGAACUAAGCGUUUCUGGUUCUGUGGGCCGAUGAACCACUGUGCAUUCUCAGUAACCUAUAAACAGAUGUGAGAAACAUUUAGUUUGUAGACCACUUAAUUAAGGGAAGCAAAGAGUAUCUAGUUUGGGUUU